AUGCGCUAUCAACGUCGACCAGGUGAACACCUGCUGAAUCAUGCACCAUAUACGGGACCGAUUCCACGAAUUCGUGUGAAAAACCUCGACAAAAGUGCUACUGCCAUCAAACCCUCCAUCGAUCAAUAUGAUCAAUACGAGGAUCGUUCACCCACUGUACGGCACAAGCGUAGUAUCACUCGGAUGGACACCUUUCGAGAAAAUGCCAUCGAGACGGAUCCGCUCUCAUCGAAUUCAUUACUUGACUUUGAUAAGCCGGAAGGACUUCUUCCAAUAGAUGAAAGAAGUUUUUGGCCACUUGCCAAGCAAAACCGUAGGUCCUAUCAGAUCAUACAUAUUACUUUCUGUGCACUGGCUGUAUUACAAUGGAUGCCAAGUGUUCAUGCAGUUGCUAUUGAGAUUAAUCAGACAUUCGUACAAAUUCAUGAAUGGUAUCAUAUGUCAUCUUAUUUGAUUUACAUUAUUCUCCUAUGUGCCGCAUCAUUCGGAGCCAUAGUCUUGCCAUCCAUCACUUUAUCAAUCGCUGCCACACAAUUAAUACCGUAUUCCCGGCAAUUGAAGAGUGAUGUCAUCGGUGUCUGUUUGGCGCUCGCAACGGCACUUCUAGCAGCCACCGUAUGUUGCUUCUCCGGUUAUGCGACUUCACGAUCCCUGACUAACGUUACACAAUGGAAAACCUCACCAGCCCUCGCCAACCAGCCAUCGCUAUACUCCUUUGCUUUACGAGAAGUAAUUGUUGCCACGUAUGCUCUGCUCGCCUCUGUAUUCUUUUUUGUUGCGGCUGUACAACGAAAUUAUGGUCUCGUAAUUGCAUCAGCUAUUAUUCAGAUAAUUUGUCUGGUUGCCCUUAGUCAGCUGCUUAGCCCAACUCGUCUUACUGCUGUACUAGUCAACUCCCGUGUUCUUGCCAUUGACAACAGCUCAUAUCCUGUUGCCCAAGUCAAGUACGUUUAUUCAUUCAUCCAGCAAUCAAUUCCUAUAUAG